AUGUUCGCAACCAAACCCAGUCAGGUCAUCCUCACGCUCCUUUGCCUCGUCCUUGCCCUCGCCUUGGCCACCGUGUCCGAGGCCAACAGCUUUGUCCCCGCCGUCCAGCGCCGUGACCAUGUUGGAGUCGGUCGAAUGAUCAAAAAGCGUUCCCCCGAUAUCUUUGGUCAGAUCAUCAACGCAGGUGCUAAUGCCCCUACCGGUUCGACCGAUUCGACGACGCCGACGAGUUCCUCAGCGUCGUCGUCUACCCCCGCGGCGUCCAGCGCAAGCUCUACGCCCUCCUCUACUCCUUCCUCUACUCCUAGUUCGACUCCUACCCCUUCCAGCACCCCUUCCUCCACGCCGAGUGCGUCUCCCUCGUCUGCGUCUAGCUCUCAACCGAGCAGCAGCUCUGCUGCUACAUCAUCGUCGGCAAGCUCAUCAUCGCAGUCCUCUUCUUCCUCUUCAUCGAGCGAGAGCACAAGUUCUGCUGCAUCUACCGCUGCUAAGGAGGCCCCCGUCACAUCGGCUGACACCCCUACCCCCACUGACAGCCAGCCUUCGGAGACGAGCAAAGCCAGCAAUCGCUACACCAGCAUGACCGUCACCGCUUCCCCUUCUGCCACGUCGGCCGCCACCAGUAGCAGCGCAUCAUCUACCAGCUCCACCACCCGGACCACUCUCAUCGUCAUCAUCGCCGUUGCGUCAAGCAUCGGUGCAAUCGCGGUCGGUUGGACUGUCAUCCGCAAGUGGAAGCUCAGACCUUCUUCCCACUUCGACGACCGCAUGCAGCCCAUUGACUGGCAACCUAACGACAGCGAUCGUCGCGCGUCCGUUGUGUCCCAUGGAUCGUUCCAUUCUUCUGGCCAUAGCGAUCCCACGACUGUUGGGUAUGGUGCAACGUCAGACCACGGCCAUGGUACUUCCCCGCUUAACCCUAUCCCGGAUCACGACUUCACUGCCGUUCCCUCCACGCUCGCUCCGGUCGGCGGCUACGCUGAUCUUCAGCGCGGCUCUAGCCCGCAGCCUCAGAUGUCGGAGGGGUUGUCGCGCGGCCCUAGCUUGGCCCACCCGAACCACGGUGUGCCGUUACACUACCAGGGUGGCUUCGACGGCUACUAG